AUGGACUCUGUCAAUCGCGGUCGCUCGCUCUCUGCGCAAUCGAACCAUUUAAGGCACUCCACCUCCGCCUCGCCGCAUCCCGAUCCCGUCUCACCCUUCUCCAAUAAUGACAACUCCUUCGCCGGCUUGAACCAACACGCGACCAACGGCGCAUUCGGAGACGCGACCUUUACCCAGGACUUCUCCCAACAGGCGCAAUACUCUAUGCAACCUGCAUUCACCGGCAAUACCUUUGAAUCGCAAAGCAAUAACCUUGCAGAUAGCAGCUUCCUACAAGGGCAGCAGACCUUCCAGAACGUCUCCUCCAACCAGAUCGACAACUCCUUCCCCUCCUUCGACUUGAACCAGAACAACUUCAAUCAACCCGCAUCACUCGACCCAACUCUCCUCGACUUCAACACGAAUACGCUCGACCUGCUGCAGACGCAAAAUCUAAAUCAGAACCACAACAACAACCUCGAUCCAAUGGCGGCCACAAUGCAGUCACACUCGUCCACGCCUCCCCACCUCUUUGCGAAUGGCCGGCGAACAUCUGGUACACCAAGCCCAGCUGGCUCACCUGGCUUCCAGCAGGCGAACAUGAACUUUGGGAACGGCAUGAAUGGGAACGGCAUGAACGGGAAUGGCAUGAACAGGCCGAGGAAUGCGUCAGAGUCGCUAGACCCUUCAAGUGCACUGUUUCCACCACAAGGACAAAAUGAGUGGGUGGGCAUGGGAGGAUACCGAUCACACAAGAGGACACCUUCGGACAAUCUCUCAGACAUCUCGUCAAAUCAUGCGUCGCCUUAUAUGGGCACGCUGGACAACUUUGACAUUGCAGGAUCGCAUUCUUCACCCAUGUUGAGCGCACACCAGGAUCCAACAUUCAACGAUGGACUCGGUUUGCAACAAUUCAGCUUGAACGACAAUUCACAAUUCAGCCCUGGCCACAGUCCUGGACCUUCACCACACAUCAUGCCUCAACCGCAACACGCUCUUCCAGCAUUUACAGCAGAGAACAAUUUCGGUCUGAGUCAGAAUUUGAGCGUGUUCAAUAACAGUCAGCAACAGCAAAAUGGGUUGGAGAUGUUCCCAGGUCUCGGCCAGGAUCCCUUUCCUUCGAUGAAUACGCAGGGGUCGAGUCCUGCGGAUCCGAAUUUUGACGGUCAUAUGAGCCCGCCAGAGAUCAACAUUGUACAUGCGCCGCCUACGAAAGUGGAGGACAUCGUGGGUGCACAUCGCUCACAAGAUGCGCUGAGUCCACCGUUGAGGACAACAAAUCGCCAGCGAGCAAAAUCCGACUCUCACGCUGGAGCACGCUCCCCAUCUCCAGCACUCAGUUCUGUUCGCGGUCGCUCUCCAUCAUUACAACAUUCCAACACAGAAAACCUCUCCCCCUUCGACAACACUUCCGCACGCUCCUCCCGCUCCGCAUCACCAGCUUCUCCUCGCGGCCGACCGGCCCAACCGAAUCGUGCCCGUUCCGCCUCCAACGCCUCAGACACCAACGACCGCGGCUACAUUCUCGACCUCGCCGAUCCCGCCCGAACGCCCUCUACCGGCGGCGAAGGUUCCAAACGACAACAAAAACACCCCGCCACAUUCCAAUGCACUCUCUGUCCAAAACGCUUCACCCGCGCCUAUAACCUCCGUUCCCACCUCCGCACCCACACCGACGAACGACCCUUUGUCUGCACCGUCUGCGGCAAAGCCUUCGCACGGCAACACGACCGCAAGCGUCACGAGGGUCUCCACUCCGGCGAGAAGAAAUUCGUCUGCCGCGGCGUGCUGCAGGGUGGUUCAUCAUGGGGUUGCGGCCGCCGCUUCGCCCGCGCCGAUGCUCUCGGUCGACAUUUCCGCUCCGAAGCAGGGCGGGUGUGUAUCAAACCCCUCCUCGACGAGGAAGCGGCCGACCGACAAAAAGCGUGGAUGGAAGAACAACAGCAGGCGCAAAUGGCCGCAGGCCUCAUGCCUCCUCAAGGCGGUCAACAACCCAUGCUCGCGCCACAGCAGGAUUUCAUGCUCGGAGGAGGAGGUGCAGGAGGAGGGGGAGCGAAUUUCUUGCCUGCCGCACUGUUGGCGCAGUAUCCUGCUCUGGCGGGGAUUGAUUGGAAUAGUAUUCCCACUGGUCCCCCGCCGAUGGAGGAGGAUGAGAUUUCGGGCAGGAGCUCGUUUGAUGCGGGGGCGAGUAGUGGUGGGGAAGGAUUAUAUGAUGAGUUGAGUGAAGGGGAGGUGAAUAUGGGAGGU